AUGGGAUUUGCAACACUAAUAGAGAUGUGGGUUUUCAUCUGUGUUCCACGCUGGGGAGAAUGGGCUACGACGUUUGUGUGGGUGCUAUGGAUGAUUGAUGUGGUAGCAUCGGCCUCUGUGACAAUCUCGCUAUCAUUUGUCUUAAUAUCUCAACGCCACAUCGUAUCGUUAGAUCGCUUUACUGCGCUUCAAUUACUACCCAUUGCGGCUACAAUGGUCGCAGCAGGCGUGGGUGCUAAAAUCGCCGAUAUUCUGCCAAAUCAUGAACAUGCAACUGCGACACUCCUGGUUUCAUUCAUUCUCUGGGGCAUGGGUACCCCUCUGGCAAUGAUCGUGCUAGUAAUCUACUACCAGCGAUUAGCAGUACAUAAACUUCCCCCAAGGGAGAUGAUAGUGAGCUGUUUCUUACCACUGGGACCUCUUGGAUUCGGUGGCUUUGGGAUUUUGUAUAUUGGAAAAGUAGCCCGCGUGCUCCUCGAGGACAGCAAUGUCUUAGAUCCCGUUGCGGGACUAAUACUAUAUGUUCUGGGUGUUAUCACAUCACUACUGAUGUGGAGCUUUGGAAUUACAUGGCUUAUAUUUGCCUUGGCGACAGUCUUGUACAGCACCCCGUUUCCUUUCAACAUGGGAUGGUGGGGAUUUACUUUCCCACUUGGGGUUUAUGCUGCAAAUACAAUCCAACUCGGGAUUGAGUUUGAUAUGAUGUUCUUUAAAGUAUUCGGAACUGUCUUAAGCACUGCUGUCCUACUUCUCUGGGUACUGGUGGGGACAAACACAUUACUUGGAGCCUGGCGUGGAAAUCUGUUCUAUGCUCCCUGUCUCAAAAAUUUGACUUUUAAAGAUAACCUGGAAUAG